GGAGAAAGAGGAGAAGAACAACGCAGGGAGGGAAGGAGAGAGGCGGCGGAGCUCCGCCACGCCAGUCUGCCCCCCACCCUCGGAACGAGGGGUUCCCCCGAAGAGGCUCGGAUCGGGCUCUCUUCUCCCCAGCCCCCCAGGAUGGAAGUGAGGCGCCCGGGCAACGGCGGGGGGCGGCUCUGAGCGAGCGACACCCCCAAACACACACUGCCCUUCCCAGGCUUGUGGCUUCCUGGCCUGCCCCUCUCUCGCCCUGCCCCCCAGAGGCCAGAGGACCAUGAGGGUGAUCCAUGGGCACUGCUGCCGCUUCCAGGUGCUGUGGGCCGCCCUGGCUGUCUCCAUGACCAUCGGCUUCACCCUCCAGCUCUUUGGGGUCUCCUUUCAGAAGAGGGCUUCCUUGUCCCAGCUGCCCCUGACCCCCUGGGCUCCCCCUCUGGCCAAAGCGGGGCAGGAGCAGGAGGAGGCGGAGGGGCGGCCAGGACCCCGCUGCCAGCCAAGACGCCACCUGGUCUUCCUGAAGAGCCACAAGACGGGCAGCAGCACCAUCGUCAACCUCCUGCAUCGCUUUGGGGACGCCCGGGGUCUGCGCUUUGCCCUCCCCGCCCGCUACCAGUUCAGCUACCCUAACCUCUUCCAGGCACAGCGGGUCAAAGGGUGGCGUCCUGGAGGGCGCCCCUUCGACAUCCUCUGCCACCACAUGCGCUUCAACUUGCCUGAGGUCCAGAAAGUCAUGCCCCCGGACAGCUUCUACUUCUCCAUCGUGAGGCACCCCGUCUCCCUGGCCGAGUCGGCCUUCUCCUACUACCGGGGUGUCGUCCCUGCCUUCCGCCGUGCCGGCACAUUGCCCAAGUUCUUGACCUCGCCCCAGCGCUUCUACCGCCCCGGCGAGAGGGGCAACCACUAUGCCCGCAACCUGCUGUGGUUUGACUUUGGCCUGGACCCACCAGCGGCCCCUGGCCUGGCCCCAAUCCAGGCUGCCCUGGCCACGCUGGAGCGCACCUUCCACCUGGUCCUGCUGACGGAGCACAUGGAUGAAUCGCUGGUGCUCCUGCGUGACGCCCUCUGCUGGGGAGAGGAGGACAUGCUGGCCUUCCGCCACAACUUCCGCAGCCCUGAGUCCAUCCGGCCCCUGGCGCCCGCAGAGGCCGCCCGACUCCAGGCCUGGAACAACCUGGACUGGCACCUCUACACUCACUUUAACCGCAGCUUCUGGGAGCGUGCAGAGCGCUUUGGCCGCGCGCGCCUGGCCCAGGAGGUGGAUGUCCUGCGGCGGCAGCGGGCAGAGCGGAUGCAGCAGUGCCUGCGGGGAGGGGGCCCCCUGGAGGCAGGGCAGAUAGCAGACGAGCGUAUCCGCCCCUUCCAGUUUGGACAGGCCCCCAUCCUGGGCUACGCCCUGAGGCCCAGCCUGGACCCUGAAUGGCAGGUGCUGUGCCAGCGCAUGGUGACCCCCGAGCUCCAGUACAAGGACCUUCUGGAUGCCAAACAGUUUCCUCUGCCCCCACAGGGCAACGGCUCCAAGGUUGGUGGCGUGAGGUAGCCCCCCCCAGUGGACCCUGAGCAGUGGCAAGCAGAAGGGGGUGCAAAAAGGCCAACUGGCCCCCAACAGGCUUGGCAUGGGCUGGGUGCUGAAGGCACAGAGGACCUGAGGUGCCACAAAAUAUCUCAUUUGCCCACAUUUCUGGGAUUCCCAGAAGAAGCUCCCUCUGGCACUGGGCCUUCUAAAGAAGCUGGAUGUUGGGAGAUUCACGUGGAAGGAAGGACUUCUUUGUAGAACCAUAGAGUUGGAAGGGACCCCAAGGGUCAUCCAGCUCAGCCCCUGCAAUGCAGGAAUCACCACCAAAGCAUCCAUGGCAGAUGACCACCCAACCUUUACGUAGAAACCACCAAAGGAGAGGAGGGACUUUAUGAAGCCCAUCAGUGGCAUAGCGUGGGUUGCCAGCGCCCAGGGCAAGGCAAGUAUUUUGCACCUGGGGCAGUUGUCCGGUAGCCCCCCCACACACACAUGCUAUGCCACUACAGCCCAUGGUUAAAUGUGGCCACUGCUGGGUCAUCAGCUUCAAGAGGCCUUCCUGUCAGCGAGGACGGAAUGAAAAGUGGACCCGACAAUGUCUUCUCAGGCACAACUCAAGAGCAGCCACAGGAUCCUGCCGUGUGACUCAGCUCAGCAUCCUCAGCCAGGCCUGACUUUGCACAAGGAAGUGGGGUCCUGCAUCGGGGGGGGGGGGAAUCCCCACACCUCUUUCCCUGGGACUCAGCCACAGUGGGCCAGAGGGGCAGCCUGCUGGCAUGGGAGCCUCAAAGACCUGGGUUCAUUUUGUUGCUUUGGCUGCAGACCCAUGAUGGGGAAGGAGAUGAGGUCUCUUCCCCCCCCCCCAUCCACAAUCAGCAAUGGGAGACUAAUGGUACCACCCCACCCACCUUGUAGGGCUGUUGUGUGGAGCACUGAAGCAACUCAUGUGAAGGGCUUUAAACACUUGCAGAGGGUGGGGGUGGAGGGAAGCAGCUUAAAUUGGUGCUGGUUAGAGGGCAGAGCCAGGCACACUCUGCUCUGGCCAUGGGGGGGGCUCUUUGUCUGGGGGCUGAGGCUGGUCCUGCAGGUGGGGUGGGGGGAGGGCAUGUGUCUCCUGGGAUCCAGAAGAGUUCGUGGGCCCCAGCAUGCCCCAAGGGGCUGGUGACAGAUGCCCACCUGGUCCUAUAUGCCAAUGCAGGAGUGCCAACUUGGCCCUAUGGCCAUGGGUGCCAUGCAGCAUGCAGGGCCCUGGCAGCAAAUUUGUGGGUGCCCAGCUGCUUCGUGGGGAAUUUUGUGGGUGCUUGGGCACCCACACCCCAGGGAGUUGGCACCUACGUCCCAAUACAUCCUUUGGAGGCGAGAGGCUACACAUCAGCAGGUCUUCUUUUGGCCUACAGCUCCCAUAAUGGGAGUUAUAGUUCAAAAUACCUGGAAGGCACCAGAUUGGCCCAGGGUGCUCCCUUUUUUUUUAAAAAAAUAUUUUUAUUAAUUUUCCAAUUAAAACCAAUUAUAUCACAUUCAAUAUUUCAAAUUAUACACAUAUAUAUAUCAAUCAAACCGAAUGUUAUGCCAAAUCAUCUAAAGAAUUUUUUAUUUGGGUUCCCAUGCUUCAAGAAAUUGGGAAUUCCUCGCAACUGUCCACUGCCGUCUUUUUUCUAAAGUUCAAAUCGUCCUCCAAGUUCAUAAUAAUCCAGAUCUUCCCCUUACAGUCACAUAGAUGUUUUCCACUUUCAUCCGAUUGUUUCCCAGCCGCUGAGAUAAAUAUCAAACAAAGUUUCACAGAUGUUCUUUCUCCUGUGUGAGUUAAUCAGUCCAGCCUCCCCAUAAAUCUUCUUAAUGGAGCUCCUUGUUGCGUCGAAGCAGCCCGAAGCAGCGCCAUCUCAAAAAGCUCAAAUCACUUUCGCUUUCUCUCAUAGCCAUGAAGAUUCACGAUCAUUAUAGAAUUUACAGCUUUUUCAGGCAGGAGACCCAAACAUCAAACCAUAAACUCUUGGUAAAUUAAUGGAUCUCCUUGCCCUAUAGCUGAACUUAGCUUCAGGUCGCUGCUCCAAUUUAAAGUGCGUCACAACUCAUAAAUCCUCCGAGCGCGUCCAGAACCCCUUCCGCCCGACUAGGGGGAGGCUUUUCUCAUCGGCAACUCCACAUCUUUAAAAAAAUAUGCUCAGUAACAACAGUUAUAAAGUUCAACUCACACAGUCUUUUGCUUCUCUUUCACUCCAAACAAGCCAGGACAUCGCGUCCGGGAAGGUACGAUGCAGCAAUAUGAAGGGAAAAAAAAUAAAAACUCACUUCCCUUAUCGCUCCGUCCCCAUCAAUCCUUCUUCCAGAUGCAGUACAAUCUUUGACUCCUCUCCUUUCAGCAGCAUAAAUUUCUCAGCAGUAAACAGCGCUUCUUCCCCUCCUUCUGAAGUAUGUCCAUAGAUUUAAGCCUAAUUAUCUUCUUUAACCAUGGAAAUCCCCGCCAUGCAGAUUAGCGUCCGGGAGUCCUGGCCCUCGUAAGUGCUCAGCCCAAGCUCCCCCCACUCCAAAAACAGUCGGAGUGGGUCAGGGGGCAUCGCGGGCCAGCGGCCCCUCUCCGUAACCCCCGGAGAGGGUAGGGGGUUGCCAUUUACUCCCCUAGCAACCGCCAAAUUCCUUACGAAGGUCAGAGAGAUGGAAAACAGGUCCGCCAUUCCUGCAGGCGGAAACCGGAACCCAGGGUGCUCCCUAAGGAUGCUUCAAAACACAAUGCAUGGAAGAGUCCCUCCUCUCUCCAUAGCCAAGGAGACCACCUACAAAGAGCUGCUAGCUGGGCUGGAGGGAGAGGAGGACCCCCAACCCAACCUCCCCUCCCCCACCCAAGCCAUCAUUGAUCAGUUUCCAUUGGGGACUGUGGAGCUUCUUGCCCUCAGCGGGGGGCGCUGUUGGGUUCCUCCUCCCAGCACUUAGGACACUGCGGGAUCCAUGGAUCCCACCACAAGGCAGCCUUUUUUUGUUUUCUUUUUCAAGGAUGUUAAUCUUAACCAUUUUUUAAAAGGGGGGAAAUCCUUUUUUGUUUCUUUUUGGUCCUUUUUCAAUAAAUUGAAAUGCUAUUGGCCACUUGGUGUGCUCCACCUUUCAUCUCCUUUGCGUCCAUCCUGCCUGCAUUUCUGGAGUUGCUCAUCAGUGACCUGGAGUUUGAUUAUUAUUUACUUACUCUCUUUUUUUUAAGAAAAACUUUAUUGUUUAAAAAGAAGUUCGAACAGAUUGUCUUCAGUGUACAAAAUAUUUUCCAAUUCAACAAAUUCAUCUCAAAAGCAAAAAUUACAGAAAAAAAGUUAUGUAAAUAAUAUAUAAUCAAAUACACACACACACACACAAAAAAAAACUUAUUCGCAACGUGAACAGCCUAUGACUGAUGUAUGGAGGGGCAAAUCCACACUGUUGGAGGUGUAAAACUGAAAUAGGGUCGUACUACCAUAUGUGGUGGACCUGCCAAGAUAUUAGAAAAUAUUGGAAUAGUAUCUAUAGGGAAAAUAAAAAACUAUUUAAACAACCAAUUAAGAAAAGGCCGGAAAUGUUUCUGCUGAACAUACUCCCACCAGAUAUUAAGAAAGAAGCAAGAACCUUACUGCUAUACUCAAUAACAGCAACCAGGAUCCUAGUGGCAAGGAAAUCCAAGGAAAUGGAAAAGUGAGAACUUGCCUACAGUAGUAGAAUGGCAAGCACUUAUGCUUGAAUAUCUACAGCUGGCAAAAUUAACCAACUCAAUAAGAGAAGGAUCACCACAAAAAAUAUCAAAAGA